AUUUAAGCAGCCAGAUUUCUAUCCGGAAAUUAUCUCUCUCUCUUUCUCUCUCUUUUUUUAUUUUUGAUAGAAGUUUUACGAAAAGCCAAGUCAUAAAGUUACGGGUGUAGCUGAUAGAGAACGUUAAUUGGUGUCAGUGGUGGAGAUCAGAUUUUAUUCUAACCAUUCAGCUCCAUCAUGGAUGACACACAAACAUCCAGAGAUGAAGAUUUUUCAGGAUCCAGUUCAGUUCAUCAGAAAAGAUCAGAACCAGAACCCAGCUGUGUGUCUAUGAGGAGUGACUGGUCCAUGGAUCAUGUAAUAGAGUUUAAGAGUGGAGAUGCACAGACUGAUCUCAGGAUACACUUUAAUCACUGCUAUAGUUCAGUUCAGCAUAAGAGAUUAGAAACAGAGCCCAGCUGUGUGUCUGUGAGGAGUGACUGGUCUAUGGAUCAUAUAAUAGAUUUCAAGAGUGGAGAUACACAGACCGAUCUCAGCCAUGAAGUCCUCAACACGUUUAAAUCAAAUCUAAUGAAGAGGUUUCAGUGUCUGUAUGAGGGAACAGCAAAGCAAGGAAACCCAACACUCCUGAAUGAGAUCUACACAGAGCUCUACAUCACAGAGAGUGAGAGUGGAGAGAUCAGUAAUGAGCAUGAGGUGAGACAGAUUGAGACACAAUCCAGGAGAGCAGCAACAGAGGACACACCAAUCAAAUGCAGCAACAUCUUUAGACCUUUAUCUGGACAAGACAAACCCAUCAGAACUGUGCUGACAAAGGGAGUCGCUGGCAUUGGAAAAACAGUCUCUGUGCAGAAGUUCAUCCUGGACUGGGCUGAAGGGAAAGAAAAUCAGGACAUCCAGCUCAUAUUUCCACUUCCUUUCAGAGAGCUCAAUCUGAUGAAGGACAAAACACUCAGUCUUUCAGAUCUUCUUCAUGUCUUUUCCCCUGAAACAAAAGAAAUGGACAUAUCCAGUGACAAAUAUAAAGUGUUGUUUAUCUUUGAUGGACUGGAUGAAUGUCGCCUAUCUUUGGAUUUUCACAGUGAUGUGAGGUUUUGUGAUGCAAGUGAGUCAGCCUUAGUGGACGUGUUGCUGGUGAACCUUAUUGUGGGGAAUCUGCUUCCCUCUGCUCUCAUUUGGAUCACCUCCAGACCAGCAGCAGCUGAUCUUGUCCCUUCUGAGUGUGUCCAUCGAGUCACAGAGGUACGAGGCUUCAAUGAUCCACAGAAAGAGAAAUACUUCAGGAAAAGAAUCAAUGAUGAUAGAUUUGCUAAAAAAAUCAUCAGACACCUGAAGUCAUCAAGGAGCCUCUACAUCAUGUGCCACAUCCCAGUGUUCUGCUGGAUCUCAGCCACUGUUCUAGAGAAGAUGUUGAGUCAAGCAGAGAGUGGAGAGAUUCCCAAGACUCUCACUCAAAUGUACACACACUUCCUGAUCCUUCAGACCAACAUCAAACAUGAGAAGGACUAUGAGAAGAACGUGACAGAUGAAGACAUGAUCCUCAAACUGGGGAAAGUGGCUUUUCAGCAGCUUGUGAAAGGCAAUGUGAUCUUCUAUGAGGAAGACCUGAGAGAGUGUGGCAUUGAUGUGACAGAAGCAUCAGUGUACUCAGGAUUGUGCACUCAGAUCUUCAGAGAGGAGUUGGGCUUGUAUCAAGGGAAAGUCUUCUGCUUUGUUCAUCUGAGCAUUCAGGAACAUCUAGCAGCUCUAUAUGCAUACCUCAUCUGUACAAACAAUAACAGAAAUGUGUUUGACCAAAUCAACAAGCAGAGUUUGCGGUCUAAAGUUAGGGACUUGUUUCAAAAAAAUUCAUUAGAUGUUUCAUUAUUUGCAUUGCAUCAGAAUGCUGUGAAUGAGGCUUUACAGAGUAAAAAUGGGCAUCUGGAUCUUUUCCUGCGGUUCCUCCUCGGUCUGUCAGUAAAGUCUCACCAGAUUCUCCUACAAGGACUAAUGACACAGACAAGAAGCAGAUCUGACAUCAGUGAGGAAACAGUUGAGUUCAUCAAGAAAAAAAUCAGGAUCAUUGACUCUCCCGAGAAAUCCAUCAAUCUGUUCCACUGUCUGAAUGAACUGGGUGAUCAUUCACUAGUGGAGGAAAUACAGCAGUAUCUGAGAUCAGGAACAAUGAGUGAAGCCAAUCUCUCUUCAUCUCAGUGGUCAGCUGUAGUUUUUGUGUUGUUGACGUCAGACAAGAAGCUGGAUGAGUUUGAUCUUAAUAAGUUUGUUGGAGGAAACAAUAAAAACAAAAAACUGGAAGUUUUUCAGAAGCUGCUGCCUGUGAUUAAAGAAUCCAGAUCAGUUCAGUUGAGCGAUUGUGGUCUCACACAUGAAAGUUGUGCUGCCCUGGCUUCAGCUCUGAGAUCAAACCCCUUACAUCUGAGAGAAAUUAAUCUUUCUGGAAAUAAUAUAGGAAAUUCAUUGAGUCUGCUAUGUGGUGUGUUGGAGGAUCCUCACUGUAAACUGGAGAAACUGUGGUUAAGUGUCUGUGGUGUCACAGAUGAAGAUUGUGCUGCUUUGGCUUCUUCUGUGAGAUCAAACCCCUCACAUCUAAAAGAACUGAAUCUGUCUGGGAAUAAACUAGGAGACUUUGGUGUGAAGCUUCUCUGUUCCACACUUGAAGAUCCUCUCUGUGAACUGGAGAUACUGGGGCUGUGUUAUUGUAGCAUCACAGAUGAAGGUUGUGCUGCUCUGGCUUUAGCUCUGAGAUCAAACCCUUCACACCUGAGACAACUGGAUCUGUCUGGGAAUGAACUAGAACAAUCAGAAGUGAAGUUACUCUCUGAUCUGAAGGAUGAUCCACAUUUUAAACUGGAGACAUUGUACUAUUGACUCUCAGUAUUUAGACACCAGUCCAGUUUCCUCAGGAACAACUGAUGGUGAAUAAGGAGCCGCUACAAAGACACACAGUCACACAAUCAACAGAAACUCAAGGCAGAGCAUUCACACUGACUUCACAUCACUAUCUUGUUUUAUCUUUUGUGGGUCUGUUUUUUAUAAUUACUGAUGGCAUCAGAUUUACACAAUGAUAUAAUGUAUAAUUUAAGGCUCAAUUUUAUAUGUGAUAGCCAGUGAAUGGGUGUUUAAAAGCAUUGUUAUCAAUUUGGGAUUGUUUUGAAUUAUAGAUACUGAUUACAGUGUAGACGAUGGUAAAGUCCAAUACUGCAAGAAAUGACUUGAAGUGACAAGAGUAAA